AUUUAAUGAUUUGUUUUGUUAUAUCUGCAUAUAGGUAGUGAUUUUGCUGUUGCUGUCCCAUGUGGGAUGGAAUGGACCUUCUGUUACGCUUUUUUCUUGUUCUUGGGAAAAAUCAAAAUUUGUCCAACAUAUAAUUAUGAAGAAAUUUCUACCCAUUCUGGAUAGAUAUCGUGUUACUCUGCCAUUAGAAUGCCCUUUCCAUCCCCAACGUGAUAUAUUUUGGUGGCCCCAAAGAGAUUCUAGUGAAAUGGAAGAAUGGACAUGUCCUGCAUGUGGUCAGAAAUUUCAUUGUGAACAACUUUUUGCAGGUCAUUGGGACAAAACACAUGGGAGAUCAACAAGUCCAGCAGAAGAUGCUGUGUGCCUUGCAAAUUUCUGUGACAUUAUGCGAUGUGAUGUACUGAGCGUCUUGUACAACAGAAAUAAAAAGUUAUUAGGCCAUAGUAUAGAUGAAAAUAUGGAAAAUAAAUUGAAAAAAGAAAACAAAUCCUUCCAGUCAUCAGAAUCCUGUGAUGAACAAAAACUUCAAAAUUUACAGAACAAAUGUAAGGGCAUAAUCCGACAGUGCAUUAUUGGUUUGUUAACAACUCUUUCUCUGAAAGAUUUCCAAGAUAUUGAAGAUGACUUAACAAAUGCUAUAUGUUCCUACCUGACUUGUGAACUUUAUUGGGAAGAUUUUCAAGAAGACGUACGCCAUGUUCCAAUACUUUUCUGUAUAAUUAUUGGAAUAAUUGUGAUUGGAGGAUUCUGUUUAUGCUAUUAUAUGGUUUGGGUGUUGUUUGAAUCUCCUCAUCACCCAAAUGUAUGCUGUAAUGGUUUGCAUGUAAACAAUCUCAUUUAUAACAAUCAUUCAGGAACUUAUGUUCCUUACAGUAAUUACCAUAGAAUUACAGGAAAGGGAAUGGAUGGAAAGAAGAAACUACCAUAAAGAAGAGACGAGAAAAUCGAACAACCUUUGUGCAUAUUUUAUAAAUGUCAUACCUUGUGUGUUCAAGUAGAAUUUAAUAUGAUUGAAUUCUGUCGAAUAUGAAAAAUGUCACUUUUUACAAUUUAAAUUGAUAUUUUCAUUACAAAUUUUGAAUUCAAUGUUUGAUAAAAUAUCUUAUGAACUUGUAUUACUGUAAUAUAAUUAUUUCUACUUGAUACACUAUGCAUAUAUUGUAUUUCACUUUUGCACUUCUCUUUUUUAAAAUUUAAAUGUUAUAUUCUAAAUAUGAAUGUAAAUGUUCAAUUAUUAUAUUAAAAAAUAAUUA